CAAGUUGAAGAAAUGUGGAAAUUCAUCUUUCCAACAUCACUCAUUCUAUGGAUUGCGCUGCCCGUGAUACUCGGCGUCAACAUCCGCGGGGAGAUUCUCAGAGGCAUUCCGUGCAUCAAGAGGAAUCACCAACUGGUCUGCCCCUCGUCUGGCAAUGCAUAUCCGCUGGAUCGCAUUGAGACGUUCGUGGACGAGAACAGGGCGCUAAUGCGACGGAUGUAUGGCGAUUUCCAGAUGUCUUCCGUCUACGGGCCGCCAUUGCAGCGACUGCGGAAGAAGAAACGCAGCACAACAUCCGCAAAUGAUGAUUGGGAGUGGGGUGAAAUGCCUGGUGUGCCGGAUAUGAUAGGAAUUCCAGAGUCUGGUUCAGAUCCAGUUGUCGAUUCGCACUUCACAAAGUGGCGCAGCAAAAGACAAACUUCUCAACACCAGGAUUUCAACAUGAGGGGAAAUCACACCACCACAGCAAAUCCGGAUUACCAAAGACUCAACAAUCCCGGACCCACAAAUGCCAACGAUAGCAGUGGACGUUUUGAUAUUUGUGAAUCAAAAGUGGAAAUUGUGACGCCUUUUUGGGCAUCAAAUUCAGCUGGAAAAAUUCGUGCUAUUGUAAAUACACAGCAUUUUGAGCAAGCCAUCCACCAGGAAGUCUGCUCAAAGCCACAAACAACACGCUGUGCUGGUGAUUGUGGAUGCGAACAAAAGUACAAAUGGUACAGACUUCUGGCUUAUGAUCCAGACAACGAUUGCAAAGGAAUCUUCAUGGAUUGGUUCCUCUUCCCAUCUUGCUGUGUCUGUCGCUGCAAUCCAGUUCAAUCCAACACAACUUAAUUCCCCACACUCCCCCCACCCCCUCAAUCAUCUUAGUGAAUUAUUAUUAUUAUUUAGAUUCUGCACGUCGACAUUUUUCAACAAUUGUACAAGACUAGUCAAAUAAAUGAGUUAGUUAGCUCCUAGAAUUUGAGCUUUAACUCAACUGACGAAUGUUUCAUUUUUGUAGUGCGAGUGCGGCCCUGCGCCACAAUCGCACUUAAUCUUCUGGCGCAGCAGAAAACCCCGCCACUCAGCACCCUCUGUGUCGAGUGGCGCGCUGCGCCAGAGCAUCUUGAGAAAAAGUAACAGUCCAAAACAUGGCCAAAACUUUUGAAAGCACCAAAUUCUUUUCAGAAAAUGAUGAAAAUUACAUACCAUUAGAAUAUAUAAGAGAAUGACAUAAAAAACAUGAUGUUACAAUUAAGAAUGAUUUGAUUAACGCCGUGUUCAUGAGAAAUGAACAGGGUUAUUUUUGCUAGCAUUAACUCGAGCAGCGGGAGCGAGCCACGCUGUGAUCAGUUCCGCUGAUCCAGCAUUAAGGGCGGGGAGUUCUCCCACUCCCGCCGUUUACGCUUCUUCCCUCAGGAGAAGCGUAAACAAAUUUGUCAUAUAAUGAAAGGCGACAGAAAAAUCAGUCAGUCGUCUUUCGCAUUUGUGCAGAGAAA